GUCUUUCUCUAAGAAAAAGCUAAUAAAGUUGUGUCCUUUAUCUUUAAAAUUAUUGCUACAUAUUCUAUUCUAGCUUGUUCUUGAUUAGGGUUUGAGCUAGCCCUAAAUAUAUCUAGUUUUCAACUCACAAACUCAUCUAAACUAAAAAUUACACUACUACAAAAUCUUUUUUUCCCCUCUAUUAUACAUAGCUAUAUCUAGUUUGCUACCUAUGGCACUUGCAAAAGAUCAUCAUCAAACACCCUCUUGUUCUUUCUAUGGAAAUAUGUUAGAAGCCGGUUCGUCGCUUCAAUUCCCUCAUAUUUCCCCUUAUAAUUAUAGUUUUGAUGAUUUUAAUCAAAAACAAGAUGGUGAUAGUUUAGAAAGCCCUAAUAGUAAUAAUAAGAUGAUUAGCAAUAAUCAAGUCUUAAGCUCUUCUCCACCCCUCUCUAGCUCAAGUAGUGCAACUUCUAGCAAUAAUGGUUUUGUAAUCCAUCAUCCUCAAGCUUCAAAUUAUCAACCUCAUGAAGAAGCUCACUCUUUGAUUAACUUUAAAGCAGGGUAUGAUAGCUUCAUGCAUAGUGGUGGAUCUUUACUUAGCUUCCAACAAGAGGAACAAACAACUUAUUCUAAUGAUCACCACCACUUCCCAAUAUGGGAGGGUAGUAGUACUAGUAGUAUGAGUCAUGAUCACCUUAAAAUUAUGAAGAAUUGUAAUUCAAACAUGCGCCUUUUGGAAGAGGUUAAUUGCUUACAAACCUCGAGUGGCGGCGGCGGUGGUGGUGGUGGCUAUCAAGACGAGGCUAAUGAGUGGUUGUACGUCGAGGCAACCGACGAUCUCCCUCAAGAGAAUGGAACACAACAGACAUGUUUUAACAAGAGACCUCGUAUGGAGGAAGAAAACAUGCAAAUCUCCAAGAAGCAGUGCACAAAUGGUGCCUCAAAAAAGCCUGCAAAAAUCAAAUCUUCCAUUUCAAAGGAUCCACAAAGUAUUGCAGCUAAGAAUCGACGAGAGAGAAUCAGUGAGAGGCUAAAAAUACUCCAAGAUCUUGUGCCUAAUGGUUGCAAGGUUGAUUUGGUGACCAUGUUAGAGAAAGCUAUUGGCUAUGUCAAAUUUCUUCAGUUGCAAGUGAAGGUAUUGGCAACCGAUGAAUUUUGGCCUGUGGCUGGUGGCAAAGCUCCAGAUAUUUCUCAAGUAAGGGAGGCCAUUGAUGCCAUUCUUUCAUCUCAAAGAUCAGAACCGGCGACAACAACAACGACGACGACAACAACAACAACGAGCUAGCUAGUUCAAGCUCAUAGUAGGAGGAAAGAUCAAUAAAAGACAUGUUAAGGAAGUAAGAAGAAGAAGAUGAUGAUGAGGCAAGAAGUUAAGAUCAGACAAAGGGAAUUAAAAAUAAUAGUAAAAAAAUAAGAAGUCAUAGGGACAAAGUUCUCAGACAAAUUAAUUACUUAACUAGUAGCAAAGACCUAGGUAGUAAUAGUACUACUUGAAGGAGUUUGGGAGUUUUUGGCUAGAUUUCAUGGAGACAAAAGAUAUUGUCAAUGUUUAUUAAUUUGUUUGUAUUUCCUUGUUUUCUAACUUGUUUUUGUUUCCUAUGAUCAUAAAUGUAAUGCCAAAUUUCCAAGCUACUGUUUGAGAUUGUGCUGAAUACUAAUAAGAUAACUUACAAAAUUGCUGCAAA